CUGGGUCUUUAUAAACGCACCCAAGGUGUCGGGGAUCCAUUGUCUUUUUUUCCACAUUUUGUCUCACGGUGUUGCCAUGAUUCGUGCUUCGUUUGUGCUGCUGGCCGUCUUCGCGAUUGCUGCUCAUGCAAGUGUCCCGAACGGAACGUGCAGCGAUGAGCACGUCAACAACGUACGGAGACUACUCCUCGCGGGCUUUGCCGCACUCGACGUAAAGGAAGAGCUGCCCCUGCGUGACGCCAACGAUCCAGCCUUCAGCCUGUCCGCCGGAACCCUCUUUGGCCUGAGGUUCCUUAACAUCAGCGGAGACAUCAAUACCACCUGUGGCGCCAACGAAAGCAUCGCCGAAUUUGUCGCGGUUGCCCCACAGGUCAAGGGCCACUACAACUGGCGUUCGCGUGGCAACAGCCCCCUGUCCGGAGACCUGAUCGUCGAAGGACGGAAUGGCGCCUUCACCGGGCGGCUACGCUACGUCAGAGGCAACUUGCGCAGCGCGUCUCUAGCCUUCAGCCACUUCAGCGCCGUCUCGAUCCAGCUGGACGGCGUGUCAAGCUUCUCGGUGCCGGGCUCCAAGAUCAUAUCGCUGGGCAACAACGUCUUUAACAAGGCCGUCAGGAAGACCACCACAAACGUUGUGUCCCCAGCUUUCAAGAAGGCGGUGCAAGCCAGAGAAUAAAUUGUGUAGACAAUG